AUGGCGUUCGCGAAGGCACCACGACUGGGUAGAGAUGAAAUCCCUGGACGAGCGGGGACUAGGAGUUUCAAAGUCUUCUCCGAUAAUCAGAAAACUGAUCCAGCCGGUGAAGUGAGAAAAUCUGUGACAAUUACCGGUGGAGCAACUUCUAGAAUCACUGGCAAGGGAAAAGUCAGUAAUGAAAAUUCUGAGGAAUAUACUAAGGUCACAAGAAAAGCAUUGGCUGAUUUGAGUAAUCUUGGUGGGAACACCUUAAGGCCUACGCUUGCUGGCACCAAUACGAUGAAAUGGAAGGGUGUAAGAUGUGUGAAUCCCCAAAGAAGCUCCUUAGCAGCUACAAAGAGAACAAGCCUCGCAGAUAAGAGCACAAAAAAGGACAAUGUCUCAAGCUUAGUUUCAAAACAAUUGCGUCAAGUUCCAGCCAAUAAAGUCGGCAAUAAAACUCGGACAAGUGCCGGUCCUAUGCCAAUACCAUCGGACUGCAACAAACAGAGUAAGAAUAACGUUCUUAUCGCAAGGAAACCUAUUAAGAUCCAGACAAAUGUGAAGACCUCGCUGCAAAACCGUAGUUCUCUUAAGAAGCCCCCGGUGGCUAGAAGUAAAUCAAGAUCUAUUUCUUCAAUCCCUUCUCCUGAAGAAGCUGUUCCGUCUCUGUCACUUCCGGAACUAGUUGAAACAGCAGAUCACAAAGAAGAUACUCGAGGAGAGAGUUCUUUUAAUGAAAAAACAGACCCAAAGACAAAAGUGUUGCCAAAAUCAAAACGUAGAAAGUCUUUCACAUCUCUACUAGUGGCUGGAUCAAAGUUCGAUGAGAAAAAUGGUGAAGCUGCACAACCAGAAAAGCUUCCCAACAUUGAUGAUGCAUCAAAUCAGCUGGAAGUUGCGGAAUACGUGGAUGACAUAUAUCAGUUCUACUGGACUUCUGAGGCAUUAAAUCCAGCUUUGGGAUACUACAUGUCAUCUCAGUCAGGAGUUAGUCCAGUUACGCGUGGAAUUUUGAUCAACUGGCUUAUCGAAGUUCAUUUCAAAUUUGAUCUAAUGCAUGAGACUCUCUACCUCACAAUGAAUUUGUUAGACCGUUACCUCUCCCAAGUUCCAGUACAGAAAAGUGAGAUGCAAUUGAUUGGUCUUACUGCACUCUUACUGGCAUCUAAAUACGAAGACUAUUGGCAUCCUAGGAUCAAAGACUUGAUUAGCAUCUCCGCUGAAUCAUACACCAGAGAACAAAUCUUAGGAAUGGAGAGGACGAUGCUUAAACAGUUAAAGUUCCGUUUGAACGAAGCCACCCCUUACGUUUUCAUGUUGAGAUUCCUAAAAGCUGCUCAAUCAAACAAGAAGCUUGAACAACUCGCCUUCUACCUUAUUGAGCUGUGCUUGGUUGAGUACGAAGCUCUGAAGUUCAAGCCGUCGCUGCUCUGCGCAUCAGCUAUCUAUGUAGCUCGCUGCACUCUACGUACGACUCCAGUCUGGACCGCGCUCCUAAACAAACAUACCCACUACAAUGUCUCCCAAAUGAAGGAUUGUUCUCACAUGAUCUUAAGGUUCCAUAAAGCUGCUAAGACAGGAGAACUAAAGGUCACUUAUGAGAAGUACAUGAAUCCAGAUCGAUGCAACGUUGCAGUCUUGAAACCCUUCGAUAAGCUUCCUCUCUAA